AUGAUCUCGGGAGUAAUCCGUGUAACUAAGCAUAGAACUGAGUACUUACGGAUGUUCGGAGGAACGGUGGAGUUUAGAUCCAAAGUACGUUUCUACAUUGAUACUCUGUUCGGUAUAAACAAGUAUGAAAUCAAUGUUUCCAAUUGUCUCACGGCUGCAGACCAAACAGACCAAACAGACCAAACAGGUCAAUUGGAUGAAUUGACGAAUACAGCGGAUUCCACUCCUUCCCUCCAUCCCUUCCAGCCAAGAGAUUCCUCUGCACAAUACUACAGUGCCACAACGCACACCCCUGAUCGCCCGGACAAGGCAGGACCUGUGAACGUCGAUUCCCGGCUGGGCCUUGGUGCUGGAAUGCUUGGCUGA